CGGACCAUCACCAUUCAACGUAUGGGGUGUUGUUGAUCAUCUCAUGGUUUUUACUUUUUACUGUAUAUUAAUAGUAAGCGCCGUUGUUUUAGUAAAAAACUGAAAAAGAAGCGACAUCAUUUCAUAACUGGUUGGAAAACUUUACUCAGGUUGUGUUAUAUGAAGGCCAACAUUAAUUUUACAACACAUUUAUCACUGUCUACAGUGAUCAGGAGGAAGUGUCCCUGGAUCCUAAUGGUAUAGCUUUAGCCUAAGUUAUAAAAAUUUAGCUCAUUAUACCUUUCAGGUUACCCUAAUUUACACACUAUUUUCUUAUGCAGUGGAUCCAAUCAGGACCCUAAUGUAAUAAUUACCAUAUGUGGUUAUGGUUGUUAUUAUUAUGGUUACGACAUAGAUAAAUAAUAGCCAUGACGGAGAAUGAAACAGCUGUUAAGCCGCAGAUAUGCGUACACUGGACAACGUGAUGGCGUACACCGCCAAGAAGGGUUAAUGAAGCAAUCGGUGGGUUCUUGGGCAACCGUGGCGCAACAGAUGAUAACCUUCAGUAACUUCUAAGGCUCCUCAUCCUCCUCGAUUUUCUUCAUUUUCAGAGCUGUCUCCAUGGUUUCCCGAAGUUAUUUCAGGGUCAGCCGACAAAGCAGGCAUGGGUUGUGUAGCGCCAGGCUGCCGUCAGCACACGGUAACCAUUCAGUUUUGAGUGGGAUACUGAAGAGCUCCGGAGUUAUGUGCGCUAUUUGGAACGGCAUGUGACGAGAUGGUUGCUUACCAAUAUCUGGUGCCACACACAUGUUCAUGUUAACGUUGAAACAGGAACAUGAUUGCACCAGUCUGUUUCAACACCGCCCUUGAUUUGUGAGCCUGAAAUCCUCUUUCUCUAGGCCCUCAGAAGCUCCUGAGCCCUUAGCAAUGGAGACAGACACGCGCUACAAAGUCACAAAGACCUCAUUCACCGGCAAUCGAUCAUGACAUCAUUUGUUAACAGAAGUAUGGAGACAGGAGGGCUCAUGGUUUUUGUACCUCACACUAUCCUGCCUUUAAAAGGCUGUAAAAAGAAGGCGAGAGAAUGGCGGACGGAAAGUAUGCAUGUGUGCUAAGAAAUGGAAUGUGUUGGGGCUCAGAAUAGCAACGGCCGCGAGACAGUCAGGAAACCCCCCAUGCAACCCUCGGAACAGGGCUGUGGUCUCUCUCCCUCAGUAAUCAGCUGUGUUGUGAUGCGUUGUCCGUCCCUGAUGGAUGAUCCCAUCACCCGGCGUCGGUUGCUGCCGGUUGUCGUCAUGGCUGACGGAGAAAGGGUGACCUCAUCCAAUCUUAACUGAGCCUCUGAGGUCGCUAAGUUAAGGGACAUUACUAGCCAACUGGGGACAUGGAAGGGGAGACAAGGACACUGGACGAACAAAGACUUGUACCAGUCUCAGUUUGGGGGCCUCAAUGACUUUGGUGCUGGGGGCAUACAGGGAGGUUGAGAAGAGCUGGGACCAGGACUAUGACCGUGUCCUGCUGCCUCUGCUGGAUGAGCAGGACCCCUGCUACAUCCUGUAUCGCCUGGACACUCAGAACGCCCAGGGCUAUGAGUGGAUCUUCAUAUCCUGGUCUCCAGACCAGUCUCCGGUGAGACAGAAGAUGCUCUACGCAGCCACGCGUGCCACCGUGAAGAAAGAGUUUGGCGGCGGCCACGUGAAGGAUGAGUUGUUCGGCACGGUUGAGGAGGACAUCUGUCUGCUGGGCUACCAGCGUCACGUGUCGUCGCUCUCCGCGCCCGCCCCGCUCACACAGGCCGAGCAAGAGCUGCGGCGGAUCAAGCUCACAGAGGGCAGGGUUAAACAGGUGAAGGUAGAGAUCAGUGUAGAGAGCAAGCACCAGACCCUACAGGGAAUCGCUUUCCCACUUCAGGCAACAGCCAGGAGAGCCCUUCAACAACUGGCUCAGAAACGCAUCAACUAUAUCCAACUGAGGUUGGAUGUGGAGAAAGAAACGAUUGAGCUGGUCCACGCCAACCCAACAGACACCUGGGACCUGCCCGGAAGGGUGCCCACCGACACGCCCAGAUACCACUUCUUCCUCUACAAACACUCCCAUGAGGGAGACUACCUGGAAUCUGUCGUGUUUAUCUACUCCAUGCCUGGGUCCAGCUGUAGAAUCAAGGAGAGAAUGUUGUACUCCAGCUGCAAGAGCCGACUUCUAGAAUGCGUUGCUAAAGAUUACCAUUUAGAAGUGGCUAAAAAGCUGGAGAUUGAAAAUGGAGACGAGCUGACAGAAGACUUCCUCUACGAAGAAGUCCAUCCCAAGCAGCAUGCACACAAGCAGGCCUUCGCUAAGCCCAAGGGUCCGGCGGGGAAGAGGGGACACAAACGCCUCAUCCGCGCAACGGGAGAGAGGAAGCAGGAGAGCUAGAGAGAACGUUUGAGCUCAAACCCGUUUCACAGUCCUCCAUGUUAUCAUAUCUUGUGACCCAUUUUGUAGGGUGAAGUAGGGGGCAUGUAAAAGGAUAUGCUUUUUCCAUUUGUAAAUUGUCCACACCCAUGGCAAAGGAUUGCCCUUCAUGAGUUGCAUUAGGGGCAAACACAGAUCUUAUGACUGUUAGCCAUUUCAUGUCACCUCUAAAGUGAUCAUACAUCCAAUCCUUUUACCCCCGUUAAUGUGAAGCAUGGUUAUUCUAAUGUCCAUCAGUUUCUUUGAUUUGUUUGUCUUGUUUUGUACCAUAUAUUGCCCCAGUCCUCUAACUCGAUUGAAAACAAAUAGUUCAGUUCUCUUGUCUUCCCUCCAGUCCAACUUUUGUAUCAUCCAAGUUUAUUAUAAAAAAAAACGAAUGAUUCAAAAUAAAAAAUCGUGUUUGUA